CCCGGUCCAUGCAUGUGCGCCCCGGAGGCCCUCCGCGAGCUCUUCCGCAGGCUCCCGGAGCUCCAGCUGUGGGCCAGGGCGGGGGCGGCGGGGGGAAGGCGCCUGGCCUGGGCCGUGCUCGGCAUGCUCCCUUCCACCGCCUCCGCCCACCGCCCGGAGCAGCAGCAGCCGCCUCCUCCGCCGAGGGCCUUCCCCGAGGAGCAGUUUGUGGCCGUUUGCCGCGAGUUGGGCCGCUCCAGCGAGGGCCCCGAGGCCUCCUGGCAGCUCAUGGCCGAGUCCCUGGGCUUCAGCAUCUACCGCCUCCGAGACGAGAAAUCUGGACUAUAUGAAUAUAAAGUCUAUGGAACGCUUGAUGAUUGUCCCCCAGAGUUAUGUGCUGAUGUUUACAUGGAUUUAGACUACAGAAUAAAUUGGGACCAGUUUCUUAAAGAACUGUGUGAGAAAACGCAGGAUGGCAGAACAGUGAUCUACUGGGAAGUGAAGUUUCCUUUCCCCUUGACAAAUAGAGAUUACGUUUUUAUUCGUGAACGUCAAGAUAUGGAAGUUGAUGGGAAGAUGAUCUAUGUUGUAUUGGCUAAAAGUGUGAAUUCUUCUAAAUUCCCAGAAAAGCCUGGGAUUGUUAGAGUAAAGAAUUAUAGACAAAGUGUGGCCUUUCAAAGUGAUGGCAAGAAAGGGUCCAAAGUUUUCAUGUCCUACUUUGAUGAUCCUGGUGGCAAGCUUCCUUCCUGGAUGGUCAACUGGACAACCAAGACUGGUGUGCCGAACUUCUUGAAAGACAUGCAAAAAGCUUGCCAUACCUAUCAGAAGAGAAAAAAGUCAAUGGUUUAAAAGUGUAUUUUCCAAAGUUGGGCACUUGAAUGGAUCAUCGGCUAUGACACAUCACUGACUAACAUCUGCAUUCUGGGAUGGUAAUCAUGAGCCAUGUACGUUCCCGGGCAUAUGAAAUGGAACAUAUUAAACUUUUAUUUCAUUUUCCA